AUGGACUGCAUCGCCUCUACUACUCCUUUGGUUUCGUCUCCAUUCGGAACAAUGAUGAACGCAGAGUCUUCUCGAGCUGCCCAAGGAUUGCGGAUUCAGCGACUUCCUCCUCUCAAUCGCGUUGAAGAUGAUGAAGACAAGGAAAACACGGCACUACCAAUGCAGGUUGACGUCUCAGAAGAGGAUAGCCACCAUGACAACAGCAAGUGGACCAUCGAAAUUUUCGGCGUGGAGUCAUCGUGCGACGAAGCAACAACCCGUCCGUCGUCGUUGCCAUCGAAGGUGGUAGACGACGAUGAAGAGCUCAAAGAUACUACUUCUGAACACGGUCCACACAACAACAACUUGCCUACUACUGUGCAACAUGACUACACCGCGGCUCUUGCACCACCCAACUUUGACGUUCUAUCACAAGCGCCAAAGAAGAAGGUGCUCAAAUUCCACGAAACGACACAGAUCAAGGAGAUUCCCUCCUUUCGCGACUAUCCCAUGGAUGAACGGGAGAAUAUGUACAUGGGAACACACGACAUUAACGUCAAUGCCGAGCGCAACAUUAAAGAGUUUCGUCAUGACGGCUGGGACUGGAAAACCGUGACCGAAGACCACAAAUACAUUGUCACGGAGGACUGGGAUUCCUAUCAUCCGGCAACCUACGCGCAAAUGCAGCAAGAAGAAAAGGCCCGACAAGGAGUAUUGGGCAUGUUGGAAGUGGCCUACGGAGUUGCCGGUUACAACUUUGGCUCGAACGUUUGGUCGGACGACGAGGAAGGCGAUAGUGACGAAGAAGAUACCUUCAUCGUCAUUGACGACAAGAGCAUCUCUCCAGAAGAAAGCCAACAACAGCCAAGCCGUCUCUCCGAUUAUAUAUUGCAACGUAGUCCAUCCAUUGAUGACUUUUCGGAUGUCUUUGGAUUUGACUUGUGA